AUGGUUUCCAUAGAAACAGAAGCAGAGUUUGAGUUUGUACAAGACCUUCUGAAGAAAAAUUUGAAUGUCUCAGGUCCAGAGCCUUGGUGUAGACGACAAAACAACAGCGUAUGUCUGGCCUUGAACCUAAAUCGACAUGGGGGACAUUUUAGGUGGGGUCAAGGUCGACCACUGGUCAUAUCUCCGCCAUGGCCACCAAGCCUUGAAGAAUAUGGAGAUUGUGUCACGUGGGUUUUAUCACGUGAUGAAACUGGAUACAGUGGAGUCUGGCGUCAAGUUGAUUGUAACGUUACUGAUCGAUAUCUUGUGAUCUGUGAGACAGAAAAAUUUAUAAAAUAUCACAAAUUCUUUCUAAUGUCUUCAUCAGAGUUUGUAGAAUACAAUAAUGCUAUUGUCUCUGUCGCAGCUAAUAGUGGCAACGAUGAGUUUAACAAUCUUCAUUACUCCCCGCGAUUCAAUUGUCAAGACAGUUCUUCAAAACGUAUUGCUUAUUCUUCUGUCUGUGACGACAUAUGUGAUUGUCCAAACGGUAGAGACGAAUUAAUUUGUUCAACACAGACUGACAUGGUAGGCAAAGAAAGUGAAAAAAUAUAUACAUCCUCUGAAAGCAGAUUGCAAGAAACUACUAACUGUAACACUAGUUAUGGCAGGAAUGAAGAAACUAAGUUUCGCUGUGAUAAUUUUUCACAGCUUGUAUCCGAUAUGUGUACACCAAAUGUCGAUCUCAGAUGGAACGAAGUCACAAACACUGAGCCUGCUAAAUGUUGGUUCGAUACAGUCACAUGCGGUAAAGAUUCUGUCCACUUUGAAAAAAUAGGAUCUAACCAAACUAACGUAUGCGGCGUGGCACCUAAAUGUUUGUAUAUUAAAUCUUCAGAAGGUGUCAUAGGUUGCCACAAUAUGACCCACCUACAGAACUGUACUAGAUACAAAUGUCCAUCUUGCUUCUCUAAAUGUCCACUGUCUUAUUGUAUCCCAGAGACUUACGUCAAUGACGGUACACAGGAUUGUCCACAGGGAGAAGAUGAAAACAAUCUGUUUAAGUGUUUCAAUACGUCACAGUAUGUUUUCCUAGAGAACGUUUGUGAUGGAUUCAAAGAUUGCCCUAGAGGUGAUGAUGAAAUGAAUUGUAACGUUGAAUGUCCUAGUGGAGUAAUAUGUGUUGCGGGGACAGCGACUGUGCCUGGUUUAUAUUAUACGAGUUUCAUAUUAGGUAGUCUUUUUAUCGAUGAUUCGAUUCGCUUAUUACUUGUUGAUGAUUUUCGUUCUGUAAAAGUAGUAACAUUUCAUACUAAUACAUUUUCAAAACUAAUUGAAUUACAGUGUGCUAAUUUGUAUUUAGAUGACUUUACAUUCCUAACCAUUACAGAAAACAAUACAAUCUUGUUUGCUGACUUCAGUUAUAGUAACCUUAGACAAAUCACAUCGACUGGGAAUUUCGCUAGGAUGAAAAGACUUAAAACACUAGACCUGUCCUACAAUGAUCUUUUAACUACCUUUAACUUGUCUCUCCCAUCUCUGGAGAGAUUAGAUUUAUCUCACACCAGCAUUUCAAGUCUUAUUAGUCAAAAUUUUAAUAACAUGCGGAACCUGAGAUUUUUGUACUUGAUUGGAACUAAAAUAACUAACCCAAAUUUUAUUCCUAUAAAUUUUGUUCUCAGUGAAUUUGAUAUCACAGCAACACAUAUGAAAGAUAUAAAAAACAAUUAUUUUAAUAACCUGGAAAUUACCGUGUUUAUAAAAACUUCAAAUCAUAGAUUGUGCUGCCCGCAGGCGCUGGGUGAAAAUACUCCCCCUGAAAAAUGUUCUUACGAUUACAACACAAUCUCCUCGUGUCUAGACCUAAUCAAAGACGUUGGCAAGAGGUCACUUCUGUGGACGAUAGGUGUUUUGGCCUUGCUGGGGAAUUCGCUGGCUCUAGUAUACAGGAUGAUAUGGGACAGAAAAGUUUUGCGUACAGUGUACGGACAGUUUGUGUCCAACCUCUGUAUCUCAGACAUGAUCAUGGGCUUUUAUCUCAUCAUUAUUGGCGUGGCUGAUGAGGUGUAUCGGGACAAUUAUUUUGUCCGUGAAGAAGAAUGGCAAUAUGGGGUUGUCUGCCAAGUGGCCGGGUUUCUGUCAACCCUCUCUAGCGAGGUCACGACGUUCUUUAUCUGUCUGAUAACACUGGACAGAUUUCUGACACUCAGGUUCCAAACUGGCAAGUACCGGUUCACCACGAGAAUAAAACGUGCAUCCAUCAUCCUCUCCUGGCUUCUUGGGUUCACUUUAGCUUUGGUGCCAGUACUGUACCCUGAGUGGGGAGUAUUCACAUCCAAUUCCAUGUGUUUGGCAUUUCCUUUAGACACUGCUGUAAGCGGCGGACGCUAUUACUCUGUUGCUCUGUUUUUAGGGUUAAAUUUACUCCUCUUUGUGUCCAUCAUAGUCGGGCAGAUUUUCAUCUUCCGCUCUCUCUCUGCCAGCAGAACUGCCUCUACUUUCGAAACCGUUAAUAACUCCAGACGCACCCAGGAGAUUCUCGUUGCUAGGCAACUGUCCCUUGUUGCCGUGACCAACUUCCUGGCCUGGGUUCCAGUGCAGGUGAUGGGGACUCUGGCACUGGCCGGCGUUAAGCUGGACAGUGACGUCUACACGUGGACGGCUGUCUUUGUUUUACCUUUGAACUCGGCUUUCAACCCAAUCGUGUAUUCUUUACCGAAGUUGUACGGUCUGUUUCAGUCUGUGAAGAAUUGGUGUCGGAAAUAA